UCCGCGUGGGGUGUGCCCCCAAUGUCUGAGACGUCUCCGAUACCCAAAAAUACGAAUAAGGAUAGAGAGAGACAUAGUGCUGUUAAUUACUCUAUUUUUUUUUCUCUGUUUGGUUUCCAGGUGUUAAUUAGUGUUACUUCAAUUUUCCGUUUUCCCAUUAUGUUUAUCUAAAUAUAUAUGUUCCUAGAAGGGUAAAAAAUAAAAAAAUAAGAAAACAAUUUUGUUGGAAUUUAAUUAGAAAAGAAUUGUUAGGAAAGAAAGAAAAGGUAACAGGUAAGAAGUAAUAAGAGACGCAUGUAUGUAUGGGUGAGUCAGUCAUAUACAAACAAUAAUAAUUUCCAUUGGCAGAAAUCUGCGUACCCUCCAACAACAACAAUAACAACAAUACAUCACCCAUUUACCAACGCCCUCCUUCUUCGUUCACACAUACCCACACACAAAACUAAGCGCACUCUCUCUCUCUCUCUCUCUCUCUCUUAUUAAGUCUUGUCUAAAUUAGCAAUAUAGGUGAGAUUGAUACAUAUAUGUAGAGUGGAGGAAAGUAUUUAAAUAAUAAUUUGGGGUGUGUAUGUAAGGGGAAUAAGGAGAUAGAUAGCAAGGAGGAGACUUGUUGUAAUUGUAACUCUAGAGAAAAGGAGGAGGUGCUAAUAAGAGGCGCUUUAUCAAAUUUUGCAUCUAUCUAAUACAAGAAGAGAAGCAAGAAGGAGGAAUUCAAGUAUAUUGAUGGCAGUUCAAGCUCAGUAUCCCUCAAAUAUUCUCUUUCUAAACAGAAACAACGGGCAAGAAGGACAGCAGGCAGCAGGACUAGUCCUUGAUCAACCAAUCUUAUACAACAACAAUAAUGGAAGUGCUAAUUCUCGGAAGAGAACAAGAGAGGCCACAGUUCACAGCAACAGCAAUGUUGUCAUGAACAAUAAUAAUAAUCAUAAUCCAUUGAUACCUUUCGAAUCCCAACCUCCACAACUCAUACACCUUUCUCAGCUGCACAAUAAUGUGGUCUCAACAGGCCUACGCUUAUCCAACUCUACCAUCGACCAACAACAACUUCUUCAUGGAUCUCAAUCUUCAUCUUCAUCUUCUCUCUUAUCUCUGUUCUCACAAGGCUUUGCUUCCCAAAUCAAACAACAAAGGGACGAAAUUGAACAAUUCCUCCAAGCUCAGGGGGAGGAGUUGCGGCGGGCAUUGGCAGAGAAAAGGCAGAGGCAUUACCGGGCGCUGCUAAACGCCGCGGAGGAGGUGGUGGCACGACGGCUCAGGGAGAAGGAGGCGGAGGUUGAGAAGGCCACACGGCGGAACGCCGAGCUGGAGGCACGUGCCGCGCAGCUCGCAGCGGAGGCGCAGGUGUGGAUGGCGAAGGCGAGGACCCAGGAAGCGGCGGCGGCAUCGUUACAGGCGCAGCUCCAGCAGACCAUGAUGGCCUCUGCUGGCGCCGCCACACACGGCGGAGAUGACGGUGGCGCCGGAUUGUCAUGCGCGGUUGAGGGACAGGCGGAGGACGCAGAAUCAGCGUAUGUGGACCCGGACAGGGUGGUGAUGGUUUCGGCAGCGGCGGCGCGUCCAAAGUGCCGUGGAUGCGGGCGGCGCGUGGCGUCGGUUGUGGUUCUGCCGUGUCGGCACUUAUGCAUCUGUACGGAAUGCGAGGCGCACUUCCGCGCGUGCCCCGUUUGCCUUACACUCAAGAAUUCAACCGUUGAGGUCUUUCUCUGAUCAAAAUUUCAUCAUUUUUUUUUUCUUUUUCUUACCACACAAUGAGUUUGUUCAUAGCAAUGGCCUUCCAAACAGGUCCUUACUCAACCACCAAAAAAGUUGAAAGAAAAAAACAAAUUAUAAAUAAAAUUACAUUUUUUUUCUCCCUGCUCUUUUGAAUUACCUUUAGGGUAAUUGAUUGUACAUGACCACUUGGUUAGGGUUAGGCGUUAGUACUGGCAUUUUCUUCUUUAUGUUCUUUUUUUCUUUUUUAAUUUUGUUUUUUUUUUUCUUUUAAAAAUUUUAUUUCGUUGACAUUAACUUAUUUAUAUAUAUUCUUUUAUUUUUCUUUCGUUAA